UGUAGAAACUGGGAAUUCAUUCAGUCCGCGCUGCACGUUAUCGCGCAGGAGUGAAUAAUUGAGCUUUGCCUCGUUUGAAUAUAUUGAUGAAGAGGAAGUGGUACACUUGUCAGCGGAUUCUGCGGUGACUUUUUGUUUUUGAUCGGUAGGAAUCAACCUUCUUCGCUCUUCUCUGUUCCUCGACUGGAGAAAAGUUUGCUUUGAGACACAGCUGGAGUCCGCAGAUGGGAAUAAGCUCAUUCCGCACACCUCCCAACAUGGGCCGGGAGUCACUGAGGAGGUGAAGGCUGCUAGUGUUAAAUGCUCACUGCGAGGCUUCCCACCACACUGCGACUGCUCAUAUAACUCCUGUUAGCUCAGCGAGCAGGCUCUUCACCAUGGCGUCUAGUCUGACAUGUACUGGUGUUAUCUGGGCCCUGCUGUCCCUGCUCUGCGCUGCCGCCUCCUGCGUCGGCUUCUUCAUGCCCUACUGGCUGCUGGGGACGCAGAUGGACAAGCCAGUGUCCUUUGGCCCGUUCCGCCGCUGCUCCUACCCGGUGAGGGACGAGGAGACGCACGCCACGGUGAUGCUGGAGCAGUGCGGCCGCUACGCCUCCUUCCUCGGCAUCCCGAGCCUGGAGUGGAGGAUCUGCACGGUGGUGACAGGCGUGGGGUGCGGCCUCCUCCUCCUGGUGGCCCUCACAGCUCUCAUGGGCUGCUGCAUCUCUGACCUCAUCUCCCGUACGAUCGGCCGCGUGGCCGGCGGCAUUCAGUUUGUUGGAGGUCUUCUCAUAGGAUCUGGCUGCGCACUCUAUCCUCUGGGAUGGGUCAGUGAGGAAGUGCAACAGACCUGCAACAACAGCUCAGGCCAGUUUCAACUAGGUUCCUGCCAGAUCGGCUGGGCGUAUUACUGCACAGGGGCCGGGGCGGCGGUGGCCAUGCUGCUGUGCACCUGGCUGUCUUGUUUUGCGGGGAAGAAGAAGAAGCAGUACCCGUACUGAAGGGAGCAUCGAGAGAGAGAGAGAGAGAGAGAGAGAGAGAGAGAGAGAGGGAGAGAGAAGGGACAGGAAGAGAACCCGGCAGAGGAAUCCGACCCUGUGGACUCGCACCAGUACAGCACAUCAGGCACCAAAGACAACAAGUCGUUAUGGUGCAUCAUGGGACACAACUCAUCUGACAACUGCAGGGACUGUUUCAUAAUGCAACACACGCACGCACACAUGGCUUUGAAAAACACGUUCUUCUCUCAAGAGUUGUUCUUCAGUGAAAGAUGUAUGGACCAAUCCUAUUUGUAAAAUUGUUACAUUUCUCAAAGGAUAUUCUCUGGCUUUAUUUGUCUUCCUCCUCUUCAGUCAUUGAUGUGAACAGUGUGCCCUGUGAUAAUGAAGAGAAAAGUCCUCUUGCAUCAUUGUUACGUGAAGUGUUUCUGUCUCCUUUUCAUGUCUCGUCCUUGCCUUAAACACAGUGAAAUGCAAUAAUCCGUAAAUAAUGUAAAGCAAUCCAACACUGGCUGCCUGCUUCCCUCGACUCAACCUUUUCAGAUCCCAAAAGUCUAAGCAUAGUUUAUUAAACACAUUCAUAAGAUGAUAUACGUUGUGUACGAUAAUGGAUUUUAUCAUAUUAGCACAUGUUUUGUAUUCUUCCAAGUAUUCCAUGUCAUUAUCUUUGUUUUGUAAAUAAAUGUUUAUUGAAAUGUU